UUAGAAUGUUUUUGUUUUGAAAUUUGACACAAAUGGCGAUAAAAUUAUUGUUUCAUUUGUUAUUUUUCUAAAGAAGUGCCAGUUGUUUGGAGAAAUUGAAGAUAUUUUUCUUUAAAAUUGAAGAACAGGCAAAAAUGUCGGACGUCCAACCUCCGUUGAUUCUAUGCAUGGAGAAUGCUACGGGCGAGGAGGUGGCUCUUAGAAUAGAACCCGAUGAUAAUUUCCAAAUGUUUCUCGAUAAAGCCAAGGCUCUACUGGGUUUCGACGUGGACUUAAACUCCAUAACCAGAAACCAACCCGUAUCAUUAUCAGAAAACGUCUAUCAGUUCCUAAUAAAUGCCGAACAAAACUUGCAAACAGAUGAUCUCACACAAAACUUUGAUCCAAUGUUGGAACCAAAUGAUGGAGCCAACGAUUUGGUUUACAUAUUGGACGAUGGCACCCAAAUUCGGGCGUCACAAAUACAUUUCGACAAUGAUGAUCCUUUAAUUGAUUUGACUGCGGAGAAAAUCCCCUUUGUGAAAUACGCGGAUGAUAUCACGGAUGAUAUCGACCUUGAAAACCUUCAUAUACGUGAGACGAAAAAGAUAAAUAUCGUAGACAGUCCGGUUUCCCGUUGGUCUAGUAAAAAUUCCAGUCCAAAAUGCAGUUUCGCUAACUCAUUACCGUUUAAACUCGUUUGCAAUAACACAUCGGGUUUCGAAGCCCAAUUUACGAAAUAUCUUGAAGCUAAUAACUCGAAAACUUACGCCACCCUAAACCCGGUAACUAUCCGGAAUAAAUCGCCAAAGAGUCUGAUUAAGGAUAAUUUUAAGAACUACGAUGAAAGUUAUCAAAGGAAUGAUAAUCUCUCUUAUACAAGGGAAGAUAUUUUGAAUAUGUUCAAAGAUUCCCCUAUGACGUCUCUGCCCUACGACCAAGGGUACGGUGAAAGAAGACACGUCAGAAAGACAGACCCUUCAAGAGUUCAUAAAAAUUGGACUAAACCUAUCUCCUAUGUAGAUAUCGAUGGAGUUCUAAUAGGUGAAAGCGAGAGUCAAAUUUGCUUCAUAUGCGGCAAACACGUUGAUAAUAAUGUAGAUAAGCUCUAUCUUUUCGAUAAUGAGGACCAAAGACUACACAGGUGUUCCCCGCAGAAAAAAAUGUCGACACAACUAAAAAUUAUCUGCGAAUGUUGCCUGAAUGAGAAUUUUAAGCCGUGUAGAAUGAAAAGCGCCAAUCAAUUUCUGAAUCCAGACGAGUAUUUGGUUAUAAGAAAUAAUCAACAAUAUAUAUUUCAAAAGGUUAAAAACUUUAGCUUCGCACAUUUAGGUAAAGCUAAGGAGAUCAUAAACAAGAUAGAGUCGAAAAUAGACAAGGAAGAGUUCGUUAAAGUCGAAAUAGGUUCCGACGGGGAGAUUAUAACGAAACCCAUAGACAACGAUCCGAGGUCCGAUGACGUCAUUAUAGUUAAAGAUGAGAAGAAAGACGGUAGUUCAAGUGACGUUGAGAUUAUAGAGCCGGAGCCGGAAAUAGAUAAUAUCAUAGACAAUUUGGAAGAGGCUGAUGAAGAUGUAAAAGAGUUUUUGGGAAAAUAUCAGUGUGAUAAUAAUGAAAUUACGGAGUUAAAGUGCAGGUUCUGCGAGCAAAUAUUCCCUGAACUUUCAGGCGUGACAGAACACUGCGAGACACACAAACAUGAUUUGGAAGAUGGGGAGGUCUUUCCAUGUCCUUUGUGUAAUUAUGGGUAUGCAAAUCUAAAAUGGCUGAAGGCCCACGUUAUAGCGGCCCACGAAAGAUCAGACACAAAGAAAAGUUCAAAAGAUGAUUCUAAAACCACUUCAAGCGAUCUCGAUAAAGCUAACGAGACAGAUACUGGAAAACCGACAUCGCCUAUUGCACUGCGCACGCGCAGCUCAAACAAAAAUGAUGGUGAUGAAAUUGGAAACCACCACAAAUGCACAACCACCCAUCAUAAAGACUGAAGUUAAGCAAGAAUGUCUGGACAGCAGUGAAGAUGAGAUCUGGAUAGUUCAGACAGCAGACGCUGAUGCACAGGAUUUGCAGAAACUGUUAUGCCCUCCUAAGGUGAAUGAUGAUGGACAGGGAACCAUUUCAGACAAGUCGCACAAAUGUUUUAAUUGCAGUCAAGUAUUUGCGAGUGCGGAUGGUUUAUCAAACCAUCGCUGCAGGAGACGAGGUCGUAAGAGGAAGUCCAAGGAUCACGUCAACACCAUCUGCAUACCCACUGAAGAAGACUUCUUGAAGAGAGCGCAAGGACGUCCCAGGCAAAAUGAUACGGGGAUUGAUAGUGAUCUUAUUGUCAUGCGUCCAAGAAAACGUCGCAGUCGGGAACUGACUUCCAACCCUCAAGUUGUAACCUGUCACAAUUGUAAUGAGUCAUUCACGUCGAAAGUUAGACUGAAGUUUCAUAU